AUGCGGCAGCUGCAGCAGUGGGAACGAAAGGAGGAGGAGGGGAAGGGAAACACACCACCCAUCACCCCCAGGCACGGGCAGCAACAGGCAGCACAGGCACGGGCAGCAACGGGCGGCAACGGGCAGCACAGGCACGGGCAGCAACGGGCGGCAACGGGCAGCACAGGCACGGGCAGCAACGGGCAGCACAGGCACGGGCAGCAACGGGCGGCAACGGGCAGCACAGGCACGGGCAGCAACGGGCGGCAACGGGCAGCACAGGCACGGGCAGCAACGGGCGGCAACGGGCAGCACAGGCAUGGGCAGCAACAGGCGGCAACAGGCAGCACAGGCACAGGCAGCAACGGGCGGCAACGGGCAGCACAGGCACGGGCAGCAACGGGCGACAACAGGCAGCACAGGCACAGGCAGCAACGGGCGGCAACGGGCAGCACAGGCACGGGCAGCAACGGGCGGCAACGGGCAGCACAGGCACGGGCAGCAACGGGCGGCAACGGGCAGCACAGGCACGGGCAGCAACAGGCGGCAACAGGCAGCAUAGGCACAGGCAGCAACGGGCGGCAACGGGCAGCACAGGCACGGGCAGCAACAGGCGGCAACGGGCAGCACAGGCACAGGCAGCAACGGGCGGCAACGGGCAGCACAGGCACGGGCAGCAACAGGCGGCAACGGGCAGCACAGGCACGGGCAGCAACGGGCGGCAACGGGCAGCACAGGCACGGGCAGCAACGGGCGGCAACAGGCAGCACAGGCACAGGCAGCAACGGGCGGCAACGGGCAGCACAGGCACAGGCAGCAACGGGCGGCAACGGGCAGCACAGGCACGGGCAGCAACGGGCGGCAACGGGCAACACAGGCACGGGCAGCAACGGGCGGCAACGGGCAGCACAGGCACGGGCAGCAACGGGCGGCAACAGGGCAGAGCGCACGAGGGCGCGGUAA